AUGCUGUGCGCAAUUUCGGGAGAGGCACCGCAAGAGCCUGUCGUCUCGCCUAAGAGCGGCAGCGUCUUUGAGAAGCGUCUCAUUGAGGCUUACAUCGCCGAGAAUGGCAAGGAUCCGGUGACCGGGGAUGAACUUUCUACAGACGAACUCAUUGAGGUCAAAACCCAGCGCGUCGUCCGACCCCGACCUCCCACACUCACUUCGAUUCCCUCGUUGCUCAGCGUGUUUCAGGAAGAAUGGGACGCUCUGGCUUUGGAGACAUACACACUGCGCCAGACCCUAGCUCAAACGCGACAGGAGUUGAGUGCAGCGCUAUAUCAGCACGAUGCAGCCGUGCGAGUGAUUGCGCGGUUGACCAAGGAAAGAGAUGAGGCUCGCGACGCGCUAUCUAAGGUCACUGUUGGCGCAAGGGCUUCUGGAGCCGGGGAUGCCAUGCAGGUGGACUCAGCUGGACUGCCUGAGGAGGUUUUGGCGAGAGUGGAGAGCACGCAGGCAUCACUCUCUAAGUCUCGCCGCAAGCGUCCUGUUCCCGAAGGAUGGGCGACCAGCGAAGCUAUUUCCGCCUAUAAGCCGAGCGAGAGCACCGAACCCUUUUACCCCGGUGGAAAAACGUUAUCGGUUAACUCAUCCGGCGAUUCAGCCCUUGUCGAGACCGCAGAGGGUAUUGUUGGCGUUUUCUCUCUGUCUCAGAAACAGGUUAUUCAAACUCUUCAGAUAAGUGGCCCGGUCACGGAUGCAAUUUGGGCUGGUGAGAAAGCGGUUGUCGCUUCCUCCACGGGCACUGUGCAGGUCUUUGAGGGCAACAAGGAGGUUGCAAGUUUUAACUCCCAUGCCGGUGCAGCUACGAGCCUCGCUCUGCAUGCGACCGGUGAUAUUGUUGCAUCCGUUGGAGCAGACAAGAGCUACGUCCUGUAUGAUCUGACUACAAACGCAGUCAUCGUGCAGAAUUUCAAUGACGCAUCCCUUCUCUCGGUACAAUUCCACCCUGACGGCCACCUCCUCGCCGCUGGUGGUGCGGACAGUCAGAUUAAGAUCUAUGACAUCAAAACGGGCGCCGUUGCCGCAAAUUACGACCUCGGCGGUCCCGUGAAGCGAGUUUUCUUCUCAGAAAAUGGAACCUUCCUGGCCGCGGUGACAGCGAACUCUACCAUGGUUUCUAUCUGGGAUCUACGCAGCUCUAAGGAAGUCAAGGUUCUAGAAACGGGCAGCCAGGUCGAAUCAAUCCACUGGGACUACACAGGACAAUUCCUACUCACCGGUGGCCCUAGCGGGUUAACCGUCCAGCAGUACUCUAAGGCCGCGAAGGCCUGGUCAGAGCCCUUGCGUAGUGCAGUGCCUGCGGCUGCUGUUGCCUGGGGCUCUGCUGCUCAAAGCAUCGUGGCGCUGAAUACUGAUGGCGGAAUCUCAGUCUUGACAGCGCAGUAA